AUGGAUUCGACGGAGGAAACUGAAACGAUUAAGAGAUACAACUCAAAUCCGUUUAGCUUCUGUAUUAAACCACUCGCCGUCAUCGUACUCCUCGCCGCCGGUUACUUUUGUGGACCGGCGAUUAUUUAUUUAAUGCAAUUUAUAAUAGUUUGGUACGAUUGGUUCCGUUUCUUCAUGAGUAACAUUUUCUACGUUUUCCUUGCCGUUGUCGCUCUCGUCGGUUCGAUAAUAUACAUACAACAACAUUGGGAACAGAGAAAAAUCGCCGAAGAAAAAUCAGAUCUCUACGACCAAUAUGUCUCCGCUCGAGAGUAUAAUUAUCGUGUGACGGAGGUUGAAGAUGAUUAUAAUAAUAGUAAUAGUAACAACUCGAGUUACAAGGAGAUUGUUGCACCGGCGUUUCAAGCGGUUAAGGAGUAUAAUUGUUGUGAUCGUCGAGCAGUAAUGGAGGAGGUGAGUACGAAGAGUUACAGGAGGACGAGAUCGGAGAGGAAGAUGGAGAAGAAGGGGAUGAGGAUGAUGGAGUAUCGGAGGACGGAGUCGGAGAGAGUGGAGAAAACGGCGUCGUGGAGGUCGGAGACGAUGGAUGGGUUAAGCAGUGAGGAGUUUCGUAUGACGGUGGAGACUUUUAUCACCGAGAAGAAGAAGAUGCUUCUCUGGCAAAGCGGCGGCGUUGACCGGUGGCAAAACGGCGGCGUUGACCAGUGGCAGAACGGUGUCGGUCAAUGGCAAAACAAUGUCCCUCAGUUGCAAAACGGUGUCGGUCAAUGGCAGAACAAUGUACCUCAGUUGCAAAACGGGGUUGACCAUCGUCAAAACGAUCGUCAAAACGAUCGUCAAAACGAUGUCGUUCAAUGGCUAAACAAUGUCCCUCAGUUGCAAAACGGUGGCUUUGACCAGUGGCAGAACAAUGUCCCUCAGUUGCAAAACGGCGGCGUUGACCAGUGGCAGAACGGUGUUCCUCAGUGGCAAGGAUCGCCUCAGGAUGGAAGUGGUCGUCAUCAUCGUCAUCAGGAUCGUAGUCAAAGGCUCGUGGGUUGCUCUGGCCCUAAUGGGUCUGGUUCCUACUUAGCUAUUUCGAAUUAG